GAUAGACAGAUAGACAGAUCACCUCUGUAUAUGUUGAAUAUGCAUGCAAAUUUUUUUUUACAAAAAUCUGUUAAUUUGUAGGAAAUUACUCGGAAAUUGGGACACGUACUACACGUGAUUAAAACUUUAUUGAUGUAUCAAAAAAUAUAUUAAAAAAUAAUAAUGAAUUAAUUUGCAUGGGAGAGAUAACCUCCUAAUUGGAAUGUGUGAUGUCACAUUAGAAUUACAAUUUGAAUCCUGAUGGAAGGUUCUAGAAUUCUUGUUAACUGGUGUAUCUAGGAGUAAACAUAUCUCAGACAAUCAGUUAGUUGCUUUGUUCAGUAGUGAUCAGUUGUUACUUCUGAUUUAGAGAAAACUAAUCUGUUUGUCUUGCCAUCAUUGAGGAUUUCAACCAAAUAAACUGGUACAUCACAGAGACUAUGUCAAUGGUUCGAAGAAGUAGUCGCCUGCAGGAAGCAGGCUACUACACGGAGGAAGGACUACCAACACUUUCCUUCAAAGAAAGCCCACGCAGGGUCUUUCGGCGGAGGUAUCGCCGUCGGCAUCAUGUGGACGUUCCAGUUCACCACGAGUCCACAGACACUGAUGAGUCUAAGCACAGCCGCACGGUUCAGACUCAGACCGACUGCACUCGUACCACACAAACACAAAGUAGCAUGAGCUUUUCAUGGCUGCUCCUUCUGGCUGGAAUCGUAUUAUUUGCAGUGCACAUGCAAGUACAAAUACUCGAGCUCCAGUAUGAGCUGCAGCUAAAGGAACAGCGAAUGGAAACUUCUUUCCCUGUGGCGGACACAAUGUCCAACUUCGCUUUAGAAUCACAGGGUGCAAGUGUUUUAGACCAUUUGUCUUCCGACAUGUAUCGGGAACAUACAUGGCAAGGAUAUGGAAUUUGGGAUCAUAUAGCUCAAUCCUACUGUGGUGGGCCGUCAGAACAACAGAGAAGAGUUAUACAGGGACACUCUUCACUACGUCCAGGAGAAUGCUGGCCCUUUUCAGGUGAAACAGGACAUUUGUUUAUUUCCCUUUCUCAUCCAGUUAUUAUCACACAGGUGACACUGGGCCACAUCACUAAGAGCCAGUCUGUGAGUGGACUGAUUGCAAGUGCGCCGAGGCAAUUUUCAAUCCACGGAAUGAGGACAGAGGACGGAAUAGGCACCAACUUAGGAACACUGGUGUAUGAUCAGGACGGCCCAGCAUUCCAGACCUUCAACCUGCCUAAUCAAGAAUUUUUCAGAUAUGUGAAGCUGGAAGUCGAAAACAACUGGGGCAACAUCGAUUACACGUGCCUAUAUAGCUUCAGGGUUCAUGGUAAGGUAAGUAAGUAGAUGGGUAAAUCAAUCUC